UCUGGGUGGCUUCUAAAAAUGUAUUACAAUUUAUUUAGUGUGAACACAGAAGAGUUUUCUGCAUAGUUUAUUUUUAUUUUUUAGCCUCUGUUCUGCUCAUUUUUAGAUCAGUUCUGCUCAUUUUAGACUCUGUUGUGCUUGUUUUACCUCUAACAAACUAAUUUUAAAAGGCAUUUCAUAGUUGAAUCUGUAAGAAGCGUCACUCCUGCACACUGGAACAUCAAAAAUGAGAACUACAGGCCCGGUCAACUAAAGCAGGACCUACAGUAAAUCACUUCCCUGCACACAGCAGUCCUUUCUUGUGUUGUGCGGCUGAGUUAAGCUACAACUUCAGGGAUUAAACAGAAGCACAUGAUGAUUCAACCCCGUGAUUUGUCAGAGAGCUCAGUCGUUUCCUCUUCUUUUCUUUUCCUUUCCCUUUCUCCUCGCAGCGCCAGAACCCUCGUGGUGAGCGGCUCCUCUUCGUCUCCAUCGCCCCGCGGUCCAGGAUGGCCUCCCCUCGGCUGGAGACUUUCUGCUGCCCGAACCGGGACUCGGCCACGGAGUUUGUGGUCACCUUCCAGCCCGUCCUGUUCGGGGCUCUGACUCUGGGGAGCGCCGCUUUGAGCCUCAUAUUUACCGUCCUGCAGGUUCUGCCAAAGCACAAAGGAUACAGGAGGCUGGGACAGUACCCUCUGCCGAGGCCCGCGUCCUCUUCCCGAAUUCUGUUCAUCAUCAGCAUCUGUGACAUUCUGGGAUGUGCAGGCGUCAUCUUCAGGUCGUCGGUCUGGCUGGGCCUGCCGGGCAUCAUCAGCGGCAUCUCCGUCACCAACAACACAGACACGCUGCCGGAGGUCUUCUGCGUGGGGAGUGCAAUGUGGAUCCAGUUGUUUUUCAGCGCUUCUUUUUGGUGGACCUUUUGUUACGCCRUCGAUGUCUUCUUGGUGGUGAAGACCUCCGCAGGAAUCAGCACCAUCGUCCUCUACCACAUGAUCACAUGGGGUCUGGCUGUGCUCCUGUGUGUUGAAGGAGUGGCCAUGCUCUACUAUCCAUCCAUCUCAGACUGUGAACAAGGCCUCCAGCAUGCUGUUCCUCACUACAUCACCACAUACGCACCCAUGCUGCUCGUCCUCGUCGCCAACCCCGUCUUCUUCAGCAGGACCACUUCUGCGGUGACAUCUUUACUCAAAGGACGACAAGGAAUCUACACAGAAAACGAGCGACGUCUGGCGAAUGACAUAAAAAUACGCUUCUUUAAAAUAAUGCUGGUGUUCUUCGUUUGCUGGGUCCCAAACAUCAUCAACGAGAGCCUGCUCUUCUACCUGGAGAUGCAGACAGACAUUAAUGACAGCAGCCUCAGAGACCUCAGGAACGCAGCUCUCACCACCUGGUUCAUCAUGGGCAUCCUGAACCCCAUGCAGGCUUUCCUGAACACCCUGGCGUUUCAUGGCUGGACGGGCUUGGACGUGGACCUCAGCCUGCGGCGUGGCCGGGAGCUGGCCUGGGACUCUGGCUCUACCUCUGCGGCCAACGCCAGCCAAAACCCCAUGGUGGGAACCACUCUGCUUUACCAGAGUCACGUUCAGGAAGCCCAGAAGAACUCGAUGGGGAACGGACAGCAGCACUCGGAYGCCAUCAGUGUCCUCUCAGAAGGUUCAGACUCUAGUACAGUUGAAAUCCACAUUUCCAGCGAGCUACGAGGGGACGUAGACGCUGACGGAGAGUCCUUGGAGAACUCUGUGAGGCGCUAGCUGGGCUCAUCGACCAGCCAACUCCCUCUACUUUGCUUUUUUAGUUGUUGUUUUUUUUUUCUCAGAUAAGACUAACUGGUGUAACAGGAUUAGUCUAAUUCUCCAUUUUAUUUUUUAGAAACAUUUUAAAUGUUGUUCAGGCCUAAUAGCUAAACAUUUCUUAUAAUAUUAAGUUGUUAGGACUUUAGUUCUAGUUACAAACUCAACUUUAAAUGCUUGAAGAAACUAUUUCUAGUACAUUUCUUGCACCUUUUUGUCCAGUUUACCUCAUUAAUAGUUCAGAGCUACUGAAGUAGGGUUUUGUGUAAAGGUAACAGUCAAUAUCUUACCUGUUGUAGAUAGCUCUUUGAACAGCGAGCCAAGGAGUCUAAACUGCUUCUAUUUCAAAUUAAUCCAGCCAGAACUAUUUUCUCAGAGGUUUUCAAAGAACUAUGUGUAACAGGUAAGAUAUUAAUUGUUCAUGCUUUCACAGAACCCAAGUAAAUGUGUGAACUUUUGAUUUAAUGUUUGAAAAUACUACAAAACCAAUAAGCUGAUUAGUAGAUUUUAGAACAAGGUUUUCAAACUUAAUUUUUUGUUUGUUUUGUUUAUUUUUUUCCUCAUGUAUUUUAUCUUAAUUAUACAGUUUGUUGUUGAGAAUUGUAAGAAGAGAACUCCUGUUUUAUUUACAAUCCCGGACAAGAAAAAAUUUAAGACACAGGCAGGUUUUUGUCUGAUAUCAAAAUAGAGUAAUUUAUUUGAGACACUGAAUGACUUCAAAGUUUUGUCUUGGAAACAGUUGACAGCACCCUGGACCAGGGUGAGAGCAAGAAAAAAAGAUAGUAGCUGUCACAGCACUUGUGCCAUUUUGGGCUUCUUAGCAUGCCAGUACAGGUCGCCAACCCACAGCCCGAUUCUCAGUCUGACACAGACAAUAAUGGCUUUCAGCAAAUUAGGAAAAAGAAAAAAUAAAGCAAUGCAACACCUUUUACAAUCCAAUCAUGAAAGACUUUAAAGUAAAAAGAAAAAAAAUGAUAAAAGUCAACAUUGGACCUUCACUUUUAACGAAAAUUGAGCAUUUGCUGAAUCCACCGAUCAUAAAAGUGCACUUUAUGUUGCUGUAGUAGAGAAUGACUACAAAGUGAGUGGGACCAACUGUUAAAAACAAGGCAAAACAAAAUGGCGGCGAGUUCAAUCUAAAAAAAAGAUGCGGUCUUGAUCUUCAAGAAGCAGAAACGGACACAAAUUCUGCAAACAACCCCCACAAGCAUUUUAAAUCUGACUGAACCUGAUCUGCUGGGAAAAAUAAAACCAAUCACAGCUUCUUCUUUUUUUUCUCCAUCAACAACAGCAGGACUUUUAAACUAUAACUCUACUCCUUGGACAAUAUAUCUGGGUGUUCAGAGGAAUGUGCCAAAGAGGAAUUAUGAUGAUGUUACUCAAGCUGCUUAUACUUUAUACAGGAUGAUUCAUCUGAUUUGUGUUGCUGCUGCUUAAAGCACAAAACAAAUCUAAAUCGACUGUGAUUGACCUUGUUUUUGACCAGAUAUUCACCCCAUACGCAGGGAUCCAGGUACAAGUUUCCUUUAUGGAUCGUAGCAGAGCUGCUCAAUAAGUUUCUCCAUACAUUUUUAACUCAUUUAAAACAGAAAAAAGUCUGUUGCACUGAAUACAAUGAGUAAAGAUUUAAAGAUUGUUU